GAGCGGGUCGCGUUGGCGGAACAAAGACCGACCCUCUCUCCCUCUCGUUUCUACUGGAGGCGAGGAGAGGAGAGGAGAAGGAUUCCCGACCGAGAAAGCCGGUAAUUUUAUUAGGGCGGCCAUGAUCCUUCUUCAGCCUCGCUCGAGGUUCCUCCUGCAGAUCCUCCUCAAUCGCGUCCAGAACAGCUUCAGAUGCAAAUAUGGAUGCACACAGAUACAUGCCCAUAUUAUAAAAUCAGGACAUAGUGACGAUAACACACUGAAUAAUCAUAUGAUCAAUAUUUAUUUCAAAUUUCGAAGUUUUGGGGACGCUCACCAAGUGUUCACUGAAAUGCAUAAGCCGGAUUUGGUGUCUUGGACCGCUCUCAUCACUGGCUACGCACAGAAUGGGUUUGAAAAAGAUGCACUGUUAGCUUUUGCAAAGAUGCAUAAUCUGGGUGUCAAGUCUAAUGAGUUCACGUUUCCCAGCGUGCUCAAAGCAUGCUCAAAUAUGGUAGCUUUGGUGCAAGGAAUGCAGAUUCAUUGUGUGGUAGUUGUCACUGGCUAUGAAAGCGAUGUUUUUGUUGCUAAUACAUUGGUAGUAGUGUAUGCAAAAUGUGGGAAGCUUUCAGAAGCGCGCCAGCUCUUUGAUGGAAUGACCAUAAGAAAUGUGGUGUCAUGGAAUGCAUUGUUUUCUGCUUAUGUAAAGAAUGAUUACAGUGAUCAAGCUAUCUAUUUGUUUGAUGAGAUGAUUUCUUGUGGUCAGAAACCUGACGAAUUCAGUUUAUCCAAUUUGGUCAAUGCAUGCACUGUGUGUGAGGAUUUGAGUCAAGGGAGGCGAAUUCAUGGAUAUUUGAUAAAACUGGGAUAUCAUCUGGAUAUAUUUUCAGCUAAUGCGCUUGUUGAUAUGUAUGCAAAACUUGGUAAUCUGGUGGACGCAUCACAAGUUUUUGAUGGUAUAUUAGAGCCAGAUGUUAUUUCUUGGAAUGCUUUAAUUGCUGGUUGUGCUCUUCAUGGAUUUCAUGAGGAAGUUUUACAGAUGCUGGAAGAAAUGCAGGGGGUGGGAAUGGUGCCAAAUAUGUUCACACUGUCCAGUGUACUUAAAGCGUCUGCUAACUUGGAGUUGCAGGAUAUUGGAAAGCAGAUUCAUUCGCAUGUCAUCAAGACAGGUUUCAAAGCUGACAUUGUUGUUGGUGUUGGCCUGAUUGAUAUGUACUCAAAGUGUGGUUGUUUGGAGGAUGCAAGAAAAGUUUUUGAUUCCCUACCUGAACAUGAUCUGAUUACAUGGAAUGCAUUGGUUGGAGGUUGUCUGCAAAAUGGGAAUGCGAAAGAAGCUCUCUCUCUAGCUUUUUGCAUGUGGAAGGAUGGAAUUAAUUGGAACCAAACUACUCUCUUUACAUUGCUCAAUGCUGCUGCUAGUCUGCAGGAUGAUUUAAUCUGCAAACAGAUCCAUGCACAUGUUCUAAGCUCUGGAUUUCAAGAAGACAUUUAUGUAACAAAUAGUCUAGUUGAUGCCUAUGGCAAAUGUGAUUUGAUAGAAGAUGCUAGACAAGCUUUUGAGGAAUGCAAAGAUAGAGAUGUUGCAUCCUUCACCUCCAUGAUGUCAGGUUAUGCUCAUUGUGGACAAGGGGAGGAAGCAUUGAAGCUAUUUUCUGCAAUGCUACAUGAAGGUCUCAGACCAGAUUGUUUCAUAUGCAGCACCCUCCUCAAUGCAUGUGCUUACUUAUCUGCACUUGAACAAGGAAAACAAGUGCAUACUCACAUUGUGAAACUAGGUUUUGACUUGGAUGUGUUUUCUGGAAAUGCGUUGGUUAACAUGUAUGCAAAGUGUGGAUGCGUUGAGGAUGCAAACCUUGCUUUCCUUGAAAUCCCACAGAGGGGCAUUGUCUCGUGGUCAGCAAUGAUCGCUGGGCUUGCACAACAUGGACAUGGAAUUGAGGCUCUUGAGUUGUUUGAUCAAAUGCUUAAAGAAGGCAUCCAUCCCAAUCAUAUAACUUUGGUUAGCCUCAUAUCAGCAUGUAAUCAUGCAGGACUUGUCAAGGAGGCUACUAGGUACUUUGAUUCAAUGAAAUCAAUGUUCAACAUUGAACCAACACAAGAACACUAUUCGUGCAUGAUUGAUCUUCUUGGCCGUUCAGGUAAGCUGGAACAAGCUAAGGAUCUUUUAAAUCAAAUGCCUUUUGAGCCUAAUGCGACAGUGUGGGGCGCUCUUCUAGCUGCUUCAAGGAUUCAUGGCAAUCUGGAAUUGGGCCAACGAGCUGCAGAAAUGCUUUUCAAACUUGAACCUGAGAAAUCAGGAACUCAUGUUCUUCUUGCAAACAUGUAUGCUGCAAAGGGCAUGUGGGAGAACGUGGCUCAGGUGAGAAGAAUGCUUAAAGAUAGCAGAGUGAAAAAGGAGCCAGGCAUUAGCUGGAUUGAAGUCAAAGAUAAGGUUCAUACCUUUAUAGUAGGAGAUAAAAGUCAUUCGCAGACAGAUAAGAUAUAUGCUAAAUUAGAUGAGUUGAAUGAUCUCUUGAAUCAAGCAGGCUAUGUGCCCAAGGUUGAAUUUGAUCUGCAUGAUGUGGAGCAAAGUGAGAAGGAGAUACUUCUCUUCCACCACAGUGAGAAGUUGGCUGUAGCCUUUGGACUCAUAAGUACUCCUCCUGGGACUCCAAUUCGAGUGAAGAAAAACCUUCGAAUUUGUGGUGAUUGCCAUAAUGCUUUCAAGUUUAUAUGCAUGAUUGCAUCACGGGAGAUUAUUAUUAGAGAUAUCAAUCGUUUCCAUCACUUUAAGGAUGGAUCUUGUUCCUGUGGUGAUUAUUGGUAAUUAACAUGGUGGGGAAGAGGAACAUGCCUAAUUCAUUGUUCUACCAGCUUUCCUUUGAUCCUCAGCUACCCAAAUUCAUCCGCAUGUGAUUCUUUUCAGAGAAAGAUGCAAACAAGGACCCUCCAUUUGAAUACUUUAGAUGAACAUACAGUGAGAUAGGCAGUCCAAGGACCAGAUUGGUUCAUGCGUUUCAACAAACACUUG